UGUAAAUCGACUGACGGUGCUUUCGUUGCGGUGAAUAGCCUUCUCAUCGGCAGCGUGGAUUGGUGGUCCGAACUUCAUUUCCGCGGCAGCUGUUUUUCUCGAUCGUGAUGUCCGUUCAUUUCAUCUUGUUGUAAGUAUAUAGCGGCUUCGAAGGCAUCCAAGGCAACGAAAAUCAGGCAUCCUUCUUUCGUUCACACAUUUUUGUACCGCAAAGGGAGGAGCACUUUCAGAACAAAAAAUGGUUCUGUUCAGCAUGGAGAACCUAUGUGAAGGAACCUGACAACGUCCCUCCUGAUGUGGAAGAUAUGUGGAAUACAGCUGCGGAGCAGCUGAUUGUAGCCAUCGAAUCUCUAGGCAUCUUGGCAAGCGCUUGCGGUCGCUACAGCGCGUUGAGCGCUUGGUAGGACCUCCUGACGGACUCCAGGCUGCAGAAAUGUCUCGGCCUGGCUCAGCAGAUGCUCGAAGGGUCCACCAUGGCUCCCCAUCAACAAGUAGUGUCACUGAGGACGUGGGAACCACCAGUCCUCUCAGCCCGAAACGCUCGUCCUCCCAGCGCCUACUCAGGCAACCAUCUGGCAGCCCAGUCAAAGAGGGUGCUGUGUGGGGGCGGACAUGGGGCAAAGUGGCAGCGAUUGUUGCGUUAGCGCACCUCCUAGUGGUGCUGUAUGUACUGCUAGGGUCAAGGAGGGGAGCGGCAUCCCUGACGGGGCUGCUCAGUGGGCAACCAGUGAAGGCACGGGCGCUCGGAAAUGGCGCUAGAUUAGAUACAAAUACCAGCAUGUGGCAUCCAAAGGGCGCGGAGUGGGGCGAGGGGGAUCCGGAGACGGAUGCAGAGGCGGAGUCACAGCGGCUGUGGAGAGAGGGGAACGUGCUGCAGCUGACAUCUCACAGGAAGCAGGGCGCGCGGCAGCUGUGGGGAAAGGGCCUCGCCCUCAAGCGGCCGCCCGGCGACAGCGCCUCCUGGUGGCACCAGGCCAGGGCAUUUGUGGGGCAGACGCUUGGCGUGGAUGGCGGGGCGAAGGUGAGCAGGACUACCUCCCAUCCGGAGGUGCUGGUGGACAAGUGUGCAGAGGCGCUGCAUAUCCCAAAGGUGGCGAUGAUGUUCCUGACGCGGGGGGACCUGCACCAGGAGCCGGCGUGGGAUCUGUGGUUCAGGCAUGCGGAGGGCCUGGUGCCUAUAUCAGCGCUCAAGGUGCACGGCUGCGGCACCUCUUUUGUUAGUCACCUACGCGGCGUUUGCGGGCACGCCGCGGGAGACGGGCCCAUCCAGCGCCAGCACCUCUUCAGCGUCUACGUUCAUGUCGGCGCCAACGAGGCCGCCUUCAAAGGCUUUGCCAACACGAGCGUGUUUUAUGGGCGGGACAUAGUGGACCGCGUGCACGUGGAGUGGGGCACCUUCUCGCUGGUUGCGGCGCUAAAAAACCUGCUGCAUGCGGCGCUGGAGGACCCGCUGAACCAGAAGUUCAUGCUGCUGUCUGAGAGCGGCAUCCCGCUGUACCCCGCGGAGACCCUCUGGGUGGAGCUCAUGGUGGAGGAGAAGAGCCGCGUCAACGCCUGCGAGCUCGGGACGCUGAACAACAUGUACCACCGGUGGGCGCCGGAGAUGGAGAGCGACGCGCUGAAGGUGUCGCACUGGCGCAAGAGCAGCCAGUGGGCCGUGCUGCGCCGCGACCACGCGCAGAUCAUCGCCGAUGACACGGCGGUGGCCGACGCCUUUACCAAGCACUGCUACAUGGAGUGGCGCGACAACGUCUGGCGCGACUGCUACUCCGACGAACACUACCUCGGCACGCUGCUCGCCUCCCGGGGGCUGGACAAUGAGACGGACUGCCUGGGCCACAUCACCUACACACACUGGUCCUACGGCGAGGCCCACCCCAAGGCAUUCACCCCAGACGACAUCAACGCCGAUGCGCUGCGGGAGAUGCGGCAGCCGGCCACGGGGUGCAAUGCGCCGCCGGCGAUCGUGACGGCCGCGGCGCAAUUUGUGGCGAUCGAGGACGUGCGCUCCAAGACCUGCGGCAUCAAGCCUAUCGACUACUCCUACUCCCUCGGCUACCACUGUCCCAUGAUGGCGCGCAAGUUCCCCAAGGACACCGCGCAGACCAUCAGCGCGCUGCUGGCGGAGUGCAGCAACCAGCUCAACAUCGUCACCAGCCCCAAAUGCGCGCACCUCAGGCACAUGCUGCACUCCCUCUGA